UAAAAAAGAAAUAUUGACUAAUAGCGGCGAUAUGGAGUUAAUCAUCCAUCAGAUAGUUUGAAUUUGCUGUUAAAUGGAUUGAAACGUUGAAUACUUCAAAUCUUAUGAAAUUUCAGUGUGAUUUUUUUAGUCGAUUUCUCAUUACAAAAAGGCAAAAUGCUCUCUGCGUAGUAAGUAGACUUAAGGACAAAAAAGAUGGAGACCUGGUCGCUUAUCUUCUUCUCCACCAUUUCUCUCUGCAUCUUCACCAUCGUCUUCAAAUCCAUCACUUCCAAAAUUGUAUCCUUAAACAACGACAAACCAACCUUAAAAAGGCUUCCACUUCCACCUGGACCCUCAACCCUCAAAGUUAUCAAAAGCUUUCUCAUCCACAUAUGGCACCGGAGCACGGUUUUCGACAUGGAGUCAAAGCUCCGGCAGGUCAAACUCCGGUACGGCCCGCUCUUCUCCUUAGGACUCAAAUCGAAGCCCACCAUUUUCAUCGCCGGCCACAGUUUAGCCCAUCUCGCCCUCAUCCAAAAGGGUUCUGUUUUCUCGAGCCGGCCCACUGCCCACAACGCCACCUUCUCCAAAAUCUUCGAUAGCAAUGCCCACAAAAUCUCCACCGCCGCCUACGGCGCUACGUGGCGGCUCCUCCGCCGGAAUCUUUUCUCCGAGAUGCUCCAUCCUUCCAGGGUCAAAUUGUAUUCCAGAGCUAGAAGAUGGGUUCUCAGCUUGUUGAUUAGGCAGUUGAUUGGUCAGAAUCCCCAGCCGAUUCAAGUGUUUGAGCAUUUCAGGUAUGCAAUGUUUUCAUUGUUAGUGUUCAUGUGCUUUGGAGACAAGCUUCCUGAGGAGAAAAUCAGGGAAAUUGAGGGUCUACAGAGGAGGUGGUUGUUGAGUCUGGGUAGAUUGAAUAUGUUCAUAAUUUGGCCUAAAUUAGGGAAGAUUUUGUUCGGGAAACAGUGGGAAGAGCUUUUUCAAGUGAGGAAUGAACAAGUAAACACAUUUCUACCGCUCAUUCGAGCCCGAAUAGAUAGAAAAGAACAGUCAAAAUCGGAUGCCGUAGAUGAGCCAGUUGCGUAUGUUGACACUUUGUUGGAUCUGCAAUUGCCUGAUGAGAGCAGAAAACUCAAUGACCAAGAACUGGUCAGUCUUACCGGAGAAUUCCUCAACACCGGCGCCGAUACAACCGCCACGGCGCUGCAGUGGAUCAUGGCUAAUCUGGUGAAGUACCCUGCUAUCCAGGACAAGCUAUUUGAAGAGAUUGUUGAGGUUGUUGGACAGCCAAAAGCUUUAUCAAUAAGCGUCGAAAAUGAUGAAGAAGAUAACCAUUCUGAGGAUGAUUUGCUUGAGGGAUUAUGUGUGAAGGAGGAAGAUAUAGAGAAAAUGCCUUACUUGAAAGCAAUUGUGUUGGAAGCGCUCAGGAGACACCCUCCAGCAAACUUUGUGCUGCCACAUUCAGUCACCGAAGACGUCGAAUUAGAGGGCUAUUUGAUCCCUAAGAAUGCUACUGUGAAUGUAAUGGUGUCUGAUUUGGGAUGGGAUCCUAAUGUGUGGGAAGAUCCUAUGGAAUUCAGGCCUGAGAGAUUCUUGCUUGAAAGAAGCAGCAGUGCUAAUAAUGAUUCUGCUUUGUUUGACUUAACUGGGAAUAAAGAGAUAAAGAUGAUGCCAUUUGGGGUUGGGAGAAGGAUGUGUCCUGGAUAUGGAUUGGCAUUGCUGCAUUUGGAAUAUUUCGUCGCCAAUUUGGUCUGGAACUUUGAAUGGAAAGGUGUUGAUGGUGUUGAGGUUGAUUUGUCUGAGAAGCAAGAGUUUACUGUUACCAUGAAGAAUCCACUCCGUGCUCACAUCUCACCCAGAAUCCAAUAAUCUGUUUGAUUUGAUCACCAUGAUGAUUAAUUUGCUUGUUCAUCUUUCCUUAGUUGUUGCAGAAUCAUGCUGUUAUCUAUGUGCAUUUGAUGAAUCUGAUUCUGAUCUCUUACGGAUGAGGAGAUAAUCUGUUCGUGUCAGUGUAUUAACUACUUUAGUAUGACUAUUUAAUUAUGGAGUACUCCGUAUAUCUUAUGGCCAAUGGAUCAAUCAUGAUUAAAUUUUUAACCAAAAAAAAUCAUGAUUAAAUCACCCCAUGAUGCAAUUUUCAGCCGAA